GCAUUAGAUGAGAAGAUUGCCACAAUACUAAUAGUGCCUUUACAAGUGUCUCGACUACUUCCUGAAGCUGUUCCUACACAAUUUCCAGAUCUGCCCUCUUAUUUAUCUGCCCCCCCUACAACUUACAGAGAGUGGCCAGAGCAAAAGGGGAUGAGGAGAGAGUGUGCUGCAAUAGAGCAAGCCAUUACAGACAGCUUUAAAGAACAUGAGGAAUAUGAAAAGACCAGAAUUGUCAAGAGGCUUAAAUGUGACCAUUGCAAAACUACACUCCUCUUUGACAGGGAGCUUCCAUUUAAUGAAAACUUCAGUAUAAUAAGCAAAAUGGAUCGGAGAGCUCUUGCUUUUCUUAUUGAAAAUGUAGUUACAGUUGUUACUACAAAUUAUAUUGUAGUAAAGAAGUUGUGCUUGACUCAAUCGGCUGUUUUUUUUUAG